UGGUUCGCGACGGCGCGUUCCCUUUCUUUGCUGCCUCACGCUGGUUGCGUCCGCCCCUCGCCUCUCGCCCUGAGGGCGAGCGCCUCGUGGGCCGCAGCCGGAGGCGGCGCGCUGGGUUGGGGCGGAGGGACGCGGGCCGCCGCGAGGGCGGGAGCCGGCUUCUGCGUUCCUCGCCGGAGCAAGGGUUUCCCCGCACGUGGCUGGGGCCCAGGCGACCCAGUGGUUGCUUUGGGACGGGCUGGGGCGGGUUUUGUGGGCACAGGCUGCCCGCAUCCCCACUGCGUCUUUAAGGCUUCGUACCUCCAUCGCUUUCCAGUGUCGCCGAAAACGGAUGUUUCAGUCCGACUGUAUAACCAGAAUGGCCGAAAAUGGUGAUAAUGAAAAAAUGGCUGCUCUGGAGGCCAAAAUCUGUCAUCAGAUUGAGUAUUAUUUUGGUGACUUCAAUUUGCCACGUGACAAAUUUUUAAAGGAACAGAUCAAACUGGACGAAGGCUGGGUACCUUUGGAGAUAAUGAUAAAGUUUAAUAGAUUAAACCGUCUAACAACAGACUUUAAUGUAAUAGUAGAAGCACUGAGCAAAUCAAAGGCAGAACUCAUGGAAAUAAGUGAAGAUAAAACUAAAAUUAGAAGAUCUCCAAGCAAACCCCUCCCUGAAGUGACUGAUGAGUAUAAAAAUGAUGUAAAAAACAGAUCUGUUUAUAUUAAAGGCUUCCCAACUGAUGCAACCCUUGAUGACAUAAAAGAAUGGUUAGAAGAUAAAGGUCAGGUACUAAAUAUUCAGAUGAGAAGAACAUUGCACAAAGCAUUUAAGGGAUCAAUAUUUGCUGUAUUUGAUAGCAUUGAAUCUGCUAAGAAGUUUGUUGAGACCCCUGGCCAGAAAUACAAGGACACAGACCUGCUAAUACUUCUCAAGGAAGAUUACUUUGCAAAAAAAAAUGAAGAAAGAAAGCAAAAUAAAAUGGAAGCUAAAUUACGAGCUAAACAAGAGCAAGAAGAAAAACAAAAGUUACCAGAAAAUGCUGAAAUGAAAUCUCUAGAAGAAAAGGUUGGCUGCUUGCUGAAAUUCUCAGGAGACUUAGAUGAUCAGACGUGUAGAGAAGAUUUGCACAUGCUUUUCUCAAAUCAUGGUGAAAUAAAAUGGAUACACUUUGUCAGAGGAGCCAAAGAGGGAAUAAUUCUAUUUAAAGAAAAAGCUAAGGAAGCGCUGGAUAAAGCAAAAGAUGCAAAUGAUGGUAACCUACAAUUAAAGAACAAAGAAGUCACCUGGGAAGUACUAGAAGGAGAUGUGGAAAAAGAAGCAUUGAAAAAAAUAAUAGAAGAUCAACAAGAAUCCCUAAACAAAUGGAAACCAAAAGGUCGCAGAUUUAAAGGAAAAGGAAAAGGAAAUAAAGCUGCCCAGACUGGAUCUGCUAAAGGAAAAGUACAGUUUCAGGGCAAGAAAAGGAAAUUUGAUAGUGAUGAUGAACGUGAUGAAAACAGUGCAUCUGGACCAGCGAAAAGAGCAAGAGAAGAAACAGACAACGAAGAACCUGAAGCAAAACAACAGAAAACAGAAAAUGGUGCUGGAGACCAGUAGUUUAGUAAACAAAUUUUUUAUUCAUUUUAAUUAGAUUUUAAGCUGCUUUUGUCUUUGAAGGCUUUUAAAAAGAAAACCGAAUUAGGUCCACUUCAAUGUCCACCUGUAAGAAAGGAAAAUUUUUGUUGUUUAAUUUGUCUUUUUUUGUUGUUAUCCAAAUGAGUAUUUUUUUUUUAAUGUAUAGUUCUGUUUGUGUUCUUUCAGAUUAUUCAAAUAUCAAACAUUCUUCCACUAAAUUGCCUUUGUAAUAUGAGAAUGUAUUAGUACAAAGUAAUAAAAUGUAUACUGCAUAAAAA